AACUACAGGUUUGCACUAUGCAUGAAAAUAUAAAAUAACACUGGCAAGUUGACCUCCGUUAGUGUAUUUCUCUACAACUUAUUAAAAAUAUUUCUUCACAGCAGUGAACAUAAAAAAACUAAAGAACUAGGCCCUAUUAAUCACUUCAUUGUUCAAAAAAGAUUUCUUUUUCUACUGGAGGUCAGUUGGCUGUAAAAAAAUGGCUUUGGCAUUAUCUGUUGUAAAAAAUGUGACUAAAGUAUCCAUAGCAGGGGGUUUUCUGUACUGGUCAGUUCAACAAGGCAUUUGGGGCACAGCAGAUCAAGGAGCUGAGGCUGGUCGAAGGAUAGCCAAAGUUAUUGCCCCUGCAACAGCAGAGUAUAUAGAAAAGAUUCCACCUGUACCUGAUUUUGGGAAUUCAUUUACAAAGAACUGGAACUCUGGAAUGUCAGCAAUCUUUUCUACCAUGGCCAAUAUCCCAGAUAAUGUACAGGAAUUAACCACCACGCUAACCAGCUACAUCGAGAAUGCUACAGCUACCAAUCCUACAAGUGAAAAGAAAUCUGAGAAAGAGGAAUAAACCUGUUCUGUUGUAUUUAUUUUACUAAACAUCUGUACACCAUCAUUGGGAGAAUUUGAACAUUCUGUCUUUCAUUUGCAUACUCCUAGAAACCAUUCUCAUCAUAGUGAUUCACAUUGGCAUGUUUUAGAAUUAUUAAAAAUUGAGUUUUUAUAAAAUAUGAAUGUUAUAAGUAACACUAAAUACUAAUGUUGACAUUUCUGGUAAAAUUUGUAACAGUGUAUUAAGACAUUGUCAAUUCACUUACACUUAUAAGGAUAUUUAUUUUUUUCUCUUAAAAGAAAAAUCUUCCAUACCUUCGUAAGUACCCCAAGUGUAAAUACUUUUUCAGCAUCAAAGCAUCAGAUUUAUAUUUAACUUUGCAUUUUAGAUUUUUCACAUCAAAUGUUGGGUUUUAAAACUUGAUGUUCAUUUCUUAGAACAUAGUAGUACCAAAGCUGGAUCAUAGUUGUGUUUAGGCAGUCACUCAACUGGUUGUAAGGUCAUGACAGAAACUUACUAGCCUUUCAUAUGUUGAGUAUAUCUAAUGUAGUUUUUAUUCAAAUGAAUUUUUUUUAAAUAUGUGAUAAUGCAGGUGUAUUAUAAAUAAAGUAUUACUUGAAGAAUAACUGAGUCUGAUUCUUAAUAGAGAAAUAAUAGUUGUGUUGCUACUAA